GAUGGCAGCCCUUGUGUCGCCCUUGGCUGCUGCGCGCUGCCUGCUGCGGGCUCUUGGGUGCCGUGCCCGCCUGCUCCCGCCGCACAGAGCCUACACAGCUCAGGCAGAUCAGAAGACAGGCCCUGGUACUCCUACAGAUGCUCACACCAGAGCCUUACUGGUUUGCAAUGGACCUUUAGAACAUUAUGACUUUUUGAUUAAGCAGGAAGAGCUGAAGAAUGAUGAGCAACAAAGAAGAGUUGUGGAGCGCCUGCAGAAAUUGCAUGAGAGCCUUAAAGGCUACAGCAUUGAUUCAAAAAAUAUUCUUUCAAAGGUCUUUGCCAAAACCAAACCCCCAGAAGGUCUUUAUGUCUAUGGAGAUGUUGGCACAGGAAAGACAAUGGUGAUGGACAUGUUCUAUUCUCACUUAGAAGUAGAAAGGAAAAAGAGAGUCCAUUUUCAUGGCUUCAUGUUGGAUGUACACCAGAGAAUACAUCGCCUUAAGCAGAACUUACCAAAGAGAAAAGCAGGAUUUAUGGCCAAAUCAUAUGACCCAAUUGCACCUGUGGCAGAGGAAAUAAGCAAAGAGGCUGCGCUCCUGUGUUUUGAUGAGUUUCAGGUCACUGACAUUGCUGAUGCCAUGAUUCUGAAGCAGCUUUUUGAAAAUCUCUUCCAAAAUGGGGUUGUCGUUGUGGCAACAUCUAACAGGCCACCAGAAGAUCUCUAUAAAAAUGGUCUUCAGAGGGCUAAUUUUGUACCAUUCAUUGCUGUGCUGAAGAAAUACUGCAGCACAGUCCAGCUUGAUUCUGGAAUAGACUACAGGAAACGAGUGCUUCCAGCUGCUGGAAAACUUUACUACCUCACAAGUGAAGCUGAUGUGGAGGCUGUCAUGGAUAAGUUGUUUGAUGAGCUGGCUCAGAAACAAAAUGAUUUAACUAGACCAAGGAUUCUAAAAGUGCAAGGCAGAGAGCUGAGGCUGAAUAAGGCAUGUGGAACCAUUGCAGACUUCACGUUUGAAGAGCUGUGCGACAGACCUCUUGGAGCCAGCGACUAUUUGGAAAUAUCAAAGCAUUUUGACACAGUGUUUGUUCGUGACAUACCACUUCUUACAAUAGCAAAAAGGACACAAACUCGUCGUUUCAUUACUCUUAUUGAUACCUUUUAUGAGCAUAAGGUGCGCAUUAUCUGUUCUGCGGCAGCUCCUCUCCAAAGCUUGUUCCUGGUGGAACAUGGCAGCAGUGAACUGCAGGACAACAGAGUGUUGAUGGAUGAUUUGGACUUGAGCCAGGAUUCUGCCAAAGGACUCUCCAUGUUUACAGGAGAAGAGGAAGUCUUUGCCUUUCAGCGUACUCUUUCACGGCUCACAGAAAUGCAAACUGAACAGUACUGGAAUGAUGGGGACAGAAGCAAAAAAACAAUUAAAAGUUGAAUGAAAUCACCAAGAAGUACAAUUACAGCAUGAAAUCACCAAGAAGAAAAGUUGGAAAAGCUUCGGAAAAGAACUGGAAAACUUUUUAGCACAACUUGAAUAAUAAUUGCACUUUAUCAUCUGGACCAUGUUUUCUUUCAUCAGUAGUUUUUUGAGUUUAAGACAUGAGGUCUCAUCAGUUAUUUUUCUGUACCACCAGUGUGUGGAUAUGUGAAAUUUUGUCUUCAUUUGUUCUUACCUGUCUGGAUGUCCGGGUCCAUACAGUGGUGGUGAAUGGAAUUACAUCCAGCUGAUGGCUGGUCACCAGUGGGGUUCCCUAGGGCUCAGUAUUGGGGCCAGCCCUCUUCAAUAUCUUUAUCCAUGGUAUGGACAAGGGGAUCAAAGUGUGCACUCAGAAAGUUCACAGAUAUGCCGAGUUGGGUGGGAGUGUUGAUCUGCAGGAGGGUAGGAAGGCUCUGCAGAGGGAUCUGGACAGGCUGGAUCAAUGGGCUGAGGCCAGUUGUGUGAGGUUCUACAAGGCCAAAUGCCAGGUCCUGUACUUGGGUCACAAUAACCCCAGGCAGCCCUACAGGCUGCAGCAGAGUGGCUGGAAAGCUGCUCAGGGGAAAAGGA